UCACGUGAAUAGCACCCCGGUCAUGUGACAGGCCGAGCUCGAACAUGGCGGUUAGCGAGGUGGAUGCUGGCGAUGUAGAUGUCGCGGCGAUCGCUGCACGUCCAUCCGAACCCGGGGCAAAGAUGGAUACGGAACCGCUGGGACAUGCCGUUGAUUCAGAUGGUUUAGAAAGUGGACCCAAGUCUCUCGUAUCUACAUCCAAAAAGCCUGGCAACAAUAAUGACGGAGGAGUCGAGACGGCUGAAGAGGCCACGGAACCAGCAGAGCCGGACAUAAACGAGCUGUGCAAGGAUAUGUUUUACAAGAUGGCCAUCUUUUUGCAAGGAGAGCUCACAGCCACCUGUGAGGAUUACAAGCUCCUUGAAAACAUGAACAAGCUCACCAGCCUGAAGUACAUGGAAAUGAAAGACAUCUCCAUAAACAUCAGUCGUAACCUUCAGGAUCUGAAUCAGAAAUAUGCUAGCCUGCAGCCAUAUCUUGACCAGAUUAACCAGAUCGAGGAGCAGGUCACGGCACUGGAGCAAGCAGCCUACAAAUUGGACGCCUACUCCAAAAAGCUUGAGGCCAAAUUUAAAAAAUUGGAGAAGAGAUGAGCGUGGAUCCCAGUUGGAAGAACUGCAUGGAGUCAUCCAAACGACUCUCCCACCAGACGUACCAGUUCUUCCUCUCCCUCCAUAACUUUUUGAACUGGUGCACAGAGCGGUGGGCACUGCAGCUGGUGGACAGCAGGUCAUGACCCAAGGAGCUAAUGGGGUACUCUGUUCCUUUCGAAGGUCUGCUGUGAUUUCCUCUUAGAGGCUUAGCAUAGAUGUGUCCCUGUUUGAAGGAAGGGGUAUUUGGGAACCGCUUGCUGCAGAUGUUGCACAUGACCCCCAUCCUGCUUCAGUGCAACUUUUUAAUGGUGAACUUUCCCUUGGUCUUCUUCGACUUGAGAGGUCAAGUACAAAACUGUUAAGCUGAUGGACUGCUUAUUGAAUACUAACAAUAUACAAACGGUGUGGUUUUUUUUGCACUUGAUCUGAAAGUAUUGCAUCCAUUUAUUAAUCUUAUUGCAAUUUAUUAAUCUUAUUGCACUUCUGAAUAAAAUAAAUCUGGGAAAAUUUGUCUUAAGUGAUCCCAACUUUUUUCCUUCAAUGUAAUACUUCACCCACCUUAUCGGGUCUUUGAUGUUGUGUCAUGGUUUCUACUAACUGGUGGAUGCUGGGGAUGGUGCCUGGAAAAUCAUUUACACCCUUCUUGACACGUCCUGUUUGUGUAGAUUUUUUUCCAGCAUGCAGCUUAAUGUUAGGAAAAAUAUAGCCUAUUGCUGAGUUGUAAAAAUGUUAAUUGCUGUGUAGUGGAUGCACAUUUUUGUAUUUUAUUGUGCCGUCAAGUCUUCCUCCCAUUAAAAUCAUUGUAUGUUUUUAAUCAAAAAAGCA